AAUUCUUUUCAAUGGAGGCUUAUCAAAAGGAAGGAAUAUUAUACUCUAUCCAAACAAGAACAAUCAUUAUUUGAAAUUUUUUGGUACAAAAACUUUAGAAUAGAGCAAGUAUAUACUUUACAAUUCUACUCAUAUACCAGUAUAAAUAGAUGUAUAAAUAAUGAAAAGCAAUAGUAAAUCCCCAACAUGAAAAGAUCACAAAACCAACACACUCUCUAAACAACCAGAAAAAAUGCAGUCACCUUCAACAAAAGAAUCUUCACAAUUAUGUUUUCAAAAUUGCUACCCAACACCAUUUUUCGCUCUAAAUGAAUCUGAAAACCCCCCAAUUUCAAAACCCAGAAAUUCUAGAGCAGAAAAUCGUCGUAAUUUUACUUCACAAACAACAUCUUCAUUAUUCCCAAACACAGAAUUCAACAAUUCCGAUUCACUUCCUUCUUUACAGGAAUCAUUUGAUCAGUUCAUCACAACAUACCCACAUUACACAGAAACGUAUCAGAUUGAUGAAAUUCGAGCUAAAGAGUAUUAUAAUCUUUCUUUAUCUAAUCAUGUUUGUCUUGAUUAUAUUGGUAUUGGGUUGUUUUCAUUUUCGCAGCUUCAUAAUCAUUUUUCAUUUAGUUACCCAUCAACAUCUUCAUCUCCGCCGCCAUUACCGCCUCAUAGCUCGGAUUUCCCGGUAUUUCAUUUGUGUUAUAAGUCGGUUAAUCUGAAGAAUCAGUUAAUUGAAGGUGGGGAUGAAUCGAAAUUGGAAUUUUCAAUCAAAAACAGGAUUAGGGAUUUUUUGAAUAUUAGUGAAGAUGAUUAUUCUGUUGUUUUGACUGCUAAUAGAACAUCAGCAUUUAGAUUAGUAGCAGAAUCAUACCCAUUUGGGUCUUAUAAGAAAUUGUUGACUGUUUAUGAUCAUGACAGUGAAGCAAUUGAAGGAAUGAUUAGUAGUUCAGAGAAGAGAGGUGCACAAUCAAUGGCGGCUGAGUUUACUUGGCCAAGAUUAAAGAUUAAUUCAUCAAAAUUAAGGAGUAUGAUUACAAAUAAGAGUUUAAUUAGUAAGAAAAAAGGGCUUUUUGUGUUUCAGCUUCAAUCAAGAGCUACAGGAGCUAGAUACUCUUAUCAAUGGAUGAAAGUAGCACAAGAAAAUGGCUGGCAUGUUCUUCUUGAUGCUUGUGCUGUGGGACCCAAGGACUUAGACAGUCUGGGAUUGUCUUUAUUUCAACCAGAUUUUCUUAUUUGUUCAUUCUACAAAGUUUUUGGGGAAAACCCAUCUGGAUUUGGGUGUUUAUUUGUGAAAAAAUCAGCAAUUUCCCUAUUGGAUUCUUCAACUUCUGCAGGAAUUGUUAGUCUUGUCUCAGCAAGACAGUUAUUUUACCUACCAGAUGAAUCUUCUGGAACAGAAAAUGAGAUUGAUCAAGACCUUGAUUUGGGUUCUUCAUCAUCCAAUUCAGGGCCAAUACAUGUUCAAUCAUCAAGAAUGGAGAAAGGGGAAUCCUCUACAUCAUUAGUAAGGUUAAAUGGGGAUAAAUUGUCAGAAAUUGAGGUCAUAGAUGAAACAAAUGAAAUGUUUAUUGGUCAUAGAAGCACAAGAAUGAGUAGAAAAAGAAAUUCCCCAAUAGAAUGUAGAUGUUUGGAUCAUGUUGAUUCUUUAGGACUUUCACUAGUGAAUAGCAGAACAAGAUACCUUGUAAACUGGCUCAUAAAUGGCCUUAAAAAGCUGCAACACCCGAAUUCGGAUCGAGCAGUUCCAUUGGUGAAAAUCUAUGGGCCAAAGAUAAAGUUUGAUAGAGGUCCAGCCUUAGCUUUUAAUGUGUUUGAUUGGAAAGGAGAAAAGGUUGAGCCAAUUUUGAUACAGAAACUUGCUGAUAGAAAGAGUAUAUCUUUGAGCUAUGGAUUUCUGCAUCAUAUAUGGUUUUCUGAGAAGUAUGAACAGGAAAAGGGUAAGGUGCUUGAGAAGAGAAGAUUGGAAGAAAGGGGUUGUAAUUUGGGGAACAAAAGGAAAGAAAAGGAACAUCUGGGUAUAAGGGUAGUUACAGCUGCAUUUGGGUUUAUUGCUAAUUUUGCUGAUGUUUAUAAGCUUUGGACUUUCAUUGCUCAAUUCUUGGAUGCUGAUUUUGUUGAGAAGGAGAGAUGGAGAUACACUGCCCUUAAUCAAAAAACUAUUGAAUUCUGAAAAAAAAAAAAAAUU